AUGCACAUUGUCAACCUGGGGGUUGACUUAUGGGUAUGUGCAAGUGUUAUCCGCAAGGUCAUGGAGUAUGAAGUCGAGCUUUUUGGAAGCCUUGCUCUGGAGGAAUCAGAUCGGCUUAUGAUUGCUUAUGGAAGGUUCAGGGAGUGGACUCGGGCAAACCGAAUUGUGCAUUCAAUGCCUAAGUUUCGACCUUGGCGCCUGAGAUCACGAAACCACCCCUGGCCUGAAUUGCAGAGCAAGGCCUACAAUGCUCGCUGUGUGUUGGCCUGGCUUUGCCAUGAAGUGGUUCUGCUGGCCAAUGGUGGCCAAUAUGUGCACGACAGGUGGAUGCCCCUUCUUGCAUCAUGUACGUUCCACCUGGCUGAAUGGCAUCGGAAGACAGAGUUGCUGGGAAGGUACCUCAGUCCAGAGGAUGCUAUGGAUCUGCAACGGGAAUGUGAUGGUUGUUUGACACACUACUUGGUCCUCAGCCAUAUGGCCGUGAAUGCUGGUGAACUCUUGUUUCCCAUCCGACCCAAGCUACAUGCAUUCCAAGAGAUAGCUCAGAGUCAAAAAGAGGAUGGUAACUAUGCUGACAAGAGACAAGCUUUUUAUUCUUAA